GGGAAGUAAAGAAGAGCAAAGAAACAUCCAUUGCGAUUAUUUUAUUGUAAAUUUCUUGCUGCUGGAUCGGUGUUUCAAUAAUAUUUGUGUGAAACUUUGAAGCAAAAUUUAUGAAAAAACUGUUUUCAUGUUUAAUCUUACUUUAACUGUUCAAAAUGAGGGACUCUCCUUACUUGACUUGUUUGAUUCUGUAUAUAUUUUCUUUCCAAAUUAUUGUUACAAAUUCUCGUACAUCCAAUAUUUGGAAACUAAAUGCCGAUGAAGAUUUAAUUGUUGAUGGAUCCGGCUUACCACAGGAUGACUCUGACAAGUCUAAAAUGACUGAAGAAGACUCUAUUUUCAAUAUCAUAACAUCAACUGUUUACUAUGGGAAUACUUGGACUAGGCAUGGCUUUGAUAUGUUCUGCACAGACUGUCAGAUGUACGAACAACAAAGAGCUGGAAGUGAGAACAAUGAAGAAAGCACCCCCACUGAGACAAAUGGUGACUUGGACGAUGAAUAUUUAGACUGUGGGAAAGCUGUAAACUUCACUUACUAUGAUAACUUAGUCGGAGUGGCUAGACGUCACAGACACCCUAAUGUACCUGAGCCACAAGUUGCGCUUAUAUUUACUAAGAAAAAGUCAUACAAAAAUGGUGUAACAGAACUAGACAUAAAUGCGUUGGAGAAACGCUUGAAGAAAGCGAAAAGAGAGAAACCAAAGUCAGUUCAGCUUUACAACCAGAUUGGUAACUUCUGGAGAAUCAAAGGGGACACCAGACAAUCUAUAGAGUGCUUCAGACGCGCGUUAGCUGUCUCCCCAUACAAUGCCGAGGUUCUCCUAAACCUGGCGCGGGUACUCUUCACCCUGCAGUACUUAGACGACGCGAUCUACCUAACGCGCCGUUCCUUGGAGGUCCAGCCGCCGGAUCGCAGCGCGUGGCAACAGUACUUCACGCUUGGGGAGAUAUUCAAGGCAUAUGGGCACUAUCAGGAAGCAGCAGUACACUUGCGGCACGCGUUGGACUUGAGGCCAGACUUCGAGCCAGCGCUGGCCGCGCUGAAAGACAUCGAGAACAUACCGGAGGCGACGGUGCAUGUUUACACGCUGCUUAUCAUCGUCUGUUUGGUGAUGGGAGUGCUCCUAGUCAUCCUAUCGUCAGUCGACAACAACAGCGAUGUCGAGGAACACAAAACGCAACGGCACUUCAACCGGGCGAUGGCGAUGCGGUCGCUGCGAGGCGUCGCGUUGCCUGGAUCCCGCGGCCGCAAGAAAGGCGGCAACUGAACGCUCCAAGCCGCCUGAGUUUUCGAUCUCUGCAAGUACCUAAACUGUUCUAAAUUCGAAACGGGAACGCUUGAAUGGGAAUGUGACUGUCAAAUUUUUUCGAACUGGCCAUUUUAGUUUUUCAAAAUUGAGUGGGGUGUUGCGUUGUAAUUUGUUUUUUUUUUUUCUAUUAAUUUCGAUGUGGCCAAACUCACAAAAAUCAGGAGUGGACCGGACCUACUUGAACGCACAAUCACCUAUUUAUUUUCAUCAGUUUUUAAAACCUUGGAUUCUUCUCAGGACAGUCAGACAGGUUUGAGUGUUUAGCAUUUUUUGUCAUAUCAAAUAUUUUCAUUUCUAAUUUAACCUACCGAAUAUUUUUUUUUAAUUGAUUGCAAGAAAUUCGUUCACCAUUCAAGCAGUUUCACUUAAAACAUGAUUUUCUUCGAGUGUAGUUUAACGUAAAUCUAGGCGCUAACAAUGACUCAGGUUUGUUUUUAUUAAAACUUAUUUUGUUUAUUUAUAAGAUGUUAACGUAAACAUUAUUGUUUAUCGUAAGAGAUUUUAAACUCAGGCACGAUAGAUAUGAACAACAAACUUUAUCGCUUGAAAAUGCAAAUUACGCGUACCAAAUACAUCUGAAGGUUUUCGUGUAUUCGCUAUUGAUGCCUGUGGAUUAAGUUGUGGUACUGUUCCGAUAUUUUUUAUUUUAUUGUAAUCAAAAUUUUUAUAUUAAUUCAGUUGUAAUUUCAGUGAGUAGCUUAAUGCCAAAUUUUGGAUAUUUGACAGCUGUCAAAAUUAACACAGAUAAGAAAAUACAAACUGUCAACUUUUAUACCUACAUAACUUUUGAUUCAAGCUGUAGUAUGAAUUCUUCUCCACUUCUUAAAAACAUCGCAUAUUGCAGCAUGCCUAUAACCGAUUAUGACGCAAUCAUGUUGGUUUUUGUAGUACCUUGAAUAGAAUUAUUGAUUCACAUCCGUGUGCCACUUCACAAACGCAUUAAUACCUGUCACAUUCGCUUUGACUUGAAUGUAUUUUGUAUUGAGCUGUGGCUUUCAUGAAUAAAAACGUUUAUCAACCUUCCGUAAAACUAUACUCGUAUUGUUUGUAAAAUGUGUGUAUGUGCUUUUAAACUUUUUACUGAUACAUUUUAAAAUAGUCAAGUUUUAUCUAUGCGGGCGAAGCAGCCAGUAACCGCUAGUUAUUAAUUAUUCCGUCCUAAUUUAUUUAAAGAUUUGCCUGAUUAGGGAGUAAUGUCAAAUAUGCUCAAUCCUUUUUCUUUUGACAUUUCCAAGCUAUGGACAAAUCUUGCCCCCCUUGACAAGUGGCAAAACGUGACAGUUUUAAUAUCGAAAGGCCUCAGCUCCGGCGUUUGUUUGUAUGAAGUUACAUCGCUCCGUGAAUGGAUUCGAUCAAAAAGGGCCGCUUGUCUAGACCUACUGGUUGUGUUGGAAAAUUCAAAAAUAUCGGAACGGUACCACCUAUAUGAGGCUAAUGUACAAAUAUUGUUUGUGUAAAAGUGACCACAUUCGGUCUUGCCAUGUCUUAUUUGAUCUCCGCUUUGUAGUCUUCUUCACCUCGAUCGUGAUAGUCGUAAAUGUAUGUGGUUCCUUUAGCAGUUGAGAAAUUAAAAAAAGGCUUUCAAAUAUAUUUACAAUUUUAAAAAUGAUCUACAAUAAAAGUAAUUCAUUCCGUUCCUGUUUUGUGUAUUCGUAGUUAGAUAAGAUUUAUCUAAUUUUAACUGAAAGUGCUUCUUAAGAAAUUAGAAGGGAAACACAGAGAUUAAUACUACGUAUGUCGGUAGUGUCAUAGUAAAAUUAUAAUAGUACUAUGCCAAAAGCCGUUUGAGACAAAUUAAAUCAUCAAGGUUGACAUCAUUACUUCUGCGUAGAUUACUACGGUUCACGCCAGUGAUAGGGAGGCCGAGACCGCCUGAACCAUUACCACAGUAGAUAUAUGAGCUAAAGCAGUACGGAAACUUAGCCCUUUCGGCGAGUUAAAUACCUACACUUCAACUGAGUGUUAGGGUUGGCACUCUUAAUCUUUAUAAAAUUAAUAAGGUUCUGAGUUCCUUAUUUAUUAAAACGUUUAUUUAGGUUUUUUAAUUAUCAAAUACCUAAUGGAAUAAAUUAAUUGACUGAGUAGUUAACAAAAAAAUAAAACGUUAAUUAGGUUCUAUAAUGAUCGAAUACAUAAUCGAAUAAAGUGAUUAAGUACUAUUAGAGGCCGGUAGAAGAUAUUCUAUUCUCAUAAAUAAAAUACCGGAUACUUACUUUCACAUAGCUAUUGCCUCAUUUUAAAUACAGUUCAUCACUUAGUACAAAAGCGCGCGGAGCAAAUUACUUUAUCAAAUAGAACACAUAAAUUGUUAAAAAGCGUAGUUACGUAAUUUAAAAAGAACUAUUACAAAAUCAGAUGUAAGCACUUUAUUUAAAAAGUAAUAUUUAAUCAUUUUUACAAUUUAGAAUUAUUACGAAGUUUAAAAAAUGAAAGUUCUGGUUUUGAAGAUGCCGAGUUCAAGCAGCCGUAUACUACGCAAUACACUCGUGGCAUGUUUUUUAAAAAUACAGCGGACAGUGCAUGCAAUAAAAUUAUUAUUAAAAACACAACGCGCGCGACACUCGCGACGGAUGGACUGCGAGGUUCGCUUAGAGCUCGUGUAAAGCGUGCGUCUGUGUGCGUGAGUCUGAUUUCGAGCGUUUGUAUGAAGCUUCCGUACUGUUUGAUUUAUCUACUGUGCCAUUACCAUUGAAUCUUGCUCGAAAAAAACGGUGCGAGUUUCUGAAAGAAAAAGGUUUCGGCAAACACUACAUCAGUGAAGACUGAGACAUGUGUCUCGGUCCCUGUGCUGCCCCAUCCAGUCAUCUAUCUCUCUCUAUCGCCUUUUGAAUGGUCAAGACAUCGCGACUUCUGUGCAUUUUACUAUUAUUGUUUUACUAUGGUAGUGUUAAGUCAAUGAAUAUGAGCUCGAAUCAAUUUACAAUUUUAAAUGUGGAUUAGGAAUGUAAGGUAUACUCAAGCUAUGCUGUGUCCAAUGAGGUUAACAUACUAAUGAAUAUUAACUGUAGUUUUCAAAAGUUAUCUGAGCACCGUUAAUAAAUGUUUAAAAUAUUAAAUAACAUAUUUUACUCCACAAAAUCAACUUUAAUUACAUCUAUCCAAGACAAGCCGGGAAGCAGUAUAGCUUGAACAUGCCUUAAAGCUGCUAAAUGUAAGAGAGGUGGACACAAAGCCUGUCAGGGAAGACUCGAGUCGGUUACGUGCCAGCCUCGCAGUAACUUUUGCAACCUAGUCAUUCACUUCGACAAGUGGGCCGCUAAGGCCCGGUGUGUAUUUCGUAUUGUAGUGCAUGCAGUAAACUUGUUAAGUGUUCGUAGCGUCUAAGGAUUUAAAGGGAGGCAAGUCUUAAAUUUCGAGAUUGGUAAAAAAUGUACCUGUUUUCAGUGGUUCUUUUGUUAAUUUUUGACUAUUUAUAACUUAAUACAUGAUUGUCUUAGCAUCUA